AUGAUAACGUUGGAAAAAUCCGAAGUGACACUUGGUAAGCCAAUCGAUUGGCCAAGCUUUGGUUGGGAUAAUGAAUAUGGUACAGAGAAACGAAUAGUAGAACCAUUCAGUGCAAGUUCGAUGUUAAUCAGUAAUAAAGAAUUUUAUCAAUUUGUUAUUGCAAGUGGUUAUACACAACAACGUUAUUGGUCAAAUGAUGGAUAG